AUGAGUAAUAGUGAUAAUGAAUUAGAGCAAGUUUUAAAAUCCGGUAAGGUUAAACUUUCGGAAGUGGAAAAUAAUGCCGGUAAAAGAGUUAAAGAAUUAGAGGAAAAAGACAUGGGUUCAAUCCCAUCAUCUCCACCAUUUAUGGAGUCCACCAUUUUUGUUGACAAAAGAGGCAUUGAAUUUGUUUUCGGUAGUUCUCCUCAAAAACCACUUCACAAUAAAGUCAAAAAUAAAUAUUGUCUAGGUUUGGGAGGUUAUACUGCUUACGGUCUUUCGAAGAAACAAAACAAAGCGUAUUAUUUUGUGGCAAACAAUCCAAGAAUGCAAGACUCUUCUAGCAGUAAGCAACCUUUUCAAGGAAAGUCCGUACUCGCACUUGCUGGAAAGCAAGUAGUGUUAGUGCUAGACCGAAUAAGUCUAGUCUAUAAAAGUGCCAUAGAGACGAGUAAGCGGGAAACUGCGGAAGUGAGACGACGUUUAACAGUGUUGACAAUUGGUUUAGUAUCAUACUGCCUUUGGGCUCUUGGAAAGAAAGAAGGACAAGUGAUUGAUGCUCGUGGAGAUUCCACAAACGAAAUGUUAUUUAGUUCUAGGGACCACCACUACGAACCGUAUGAACCGGUCACGAUUGAAACACGGAGUGGUGAUAGUGAUUAUUCUCCAAAACUGGGCGUUAUGGGUUCGAGUCCUGUCGCCUCUGCCAGAAGAGUAAAAAUAUAUAAUAUGAAUCAGGUGUUUACUGGCACAGUAAUUAGUUUGAAAAAUGCUAAGACGGCCGCAGUAGAGUUAGUUUUUAAUUAUCUCCAUCCUAAAUAUCAUAAACCUAUUCGGAGAAAGAAAAAAAUUCAGGCUCAUUACGAAAAAUAUGAUUUGAAAUUAGGAGAUAAAGGAAAAAUUCAGUCGUGGUUGAAAAGGAGAAGGGCGAAACAAGCAAAGAAGCUAAAAAUAGUGACGAACGAGAAAAAUCUAAUUAGUGAUGAGAAAGGAAAAAGUGUGGUUGCGGCCAGAGAAAAUCUCAAUUCGGUUGGAGAAUGGGCGAAAACUUAUCUAACCAAAGAUAAUUUUUGGACGCGGGAUUUUCCCACGACGGCUUCCUCAGCUUUUUUGGUUAAUUUUUGUCCUAACGAGGAUGCUACUGUGAUUAAGUUAUUAAGAGAAAAGGGCUACCGAUUACUAGGAAAAACGGCUUUGGAUGAGUUUGCGUGCGGAGGAGUAGGGCUUUAUGCGGCAACCGGACCGAUUUUUAAUCCCCACCAUCCUGGGCGAGUGGUGGGAGGUUCCUCGUCAGGUUCGGCAGCAGUAGUCGCCCAGAAAAUUGUCCCCUUUGCCUUGGGACAUGAUACUGGCGAUUCAGUGCGGCGUCCAGCCGCUUACUGUGGUCUAGUCGGGUUCAAGCCAUCUUACGGACUAAUUUCCCGUUAUGGGGUUAUCCCAAUGGCUUCUUCGCUAGACACAGUUGGCAUUCUAGCCAACAAGGUAAGCAUCGCCCAGGAAAUUUUUACGAUUUUGGCUCAACCAGACCCUUACGACUUAAUAACUACCACUAAAAAAAAAUUUUUGCGACCGCCAGGACGAAAGAAAAUCGUGACCAUUGACGGGUUAGAGAAAUUUUUGCCUCCCAAAUUAAACAAACUAUACAGACAAGCCCAAGAGAAACUAGAAAAAUUAGGUUACAGCAUCACCAAAAUAAACAUUCCUCCUCGUCUCCGUGAUAACUUACAACUCACUUACUUGAUAUUGUGUUCGACUGAAUUAGUUAGCCACCUCAACUCUCUCCAAGGGAUAACUUACGGGCCGCUUGAUGAAAAUGAAGAGAUUGCCAAAAAAAGAAGCGACGGCCUGGGACUAAUAGUCAAAGAACGUUUAUUAAUGGGGGCUUAUUUUCUGGACGAAAAAGGAUUCACUAAUAGUCCGGCUCCACGGGCGGCAGAUUUUAACCAUUCUUUUGCCGGAUUAACAUCUUCCCAUUGGAGCGAUAAUUUAUUGCUCCUAGGCAACUUAGCCGGUUUACCGUCGCUAAGUUUGCCUUUGGGAAUAGUUGACGGCUUGCCGGUCAACAUUAACCUUGAUAGCAACUACGGACAAGACCAAUCAGUUUUACAAUUAGCCACUGAAUUGGAAACUGAACUAGCAAACAUUUAA